AUGCUGAGAGCUACACCACUGGUUCUUCACAGCUACUGUAAGGUCACCCAGAGUGGACAGGUCUCAGCUGAGAUGCCAGACGAAGACAAACCAUCUGAUUCUGGACAGCAGCAGAUUGACCUGAUGUUCCUGGCAGAAGAUCACAGUCUUGUGUUUACGGUAAAUGCGAAUGACAGCUUGGUUGCUGAAAUGUACCCACAACAGGAUCAGCUUUACAGGAAACAGGCUCUACGGUGGCACCCUGACAAAAACCCAGACAACAAGGAAGAGGCGGAGACCAAAUUUAAGGAGAUAGCAGAGGCCUAUGAAGUUCUUUCAGACAGAAGCAAACGAGAUGCUUACGACAGAUACGGUAGAUCAGACAUGCCAAGCUCAGGCUCUGGUGGUUCGUCAUUUCCUGAUGACUUCCCAGGAUUCACCUUCACAUUCCGCAGCCCAGAUGAGGUGUUUCGAGAGUUCUUCGGAGGGCAGGACCCGUUCGCAGACUUCUUUGAUGAUUUCCCAUUUGGUGGAAUGCACAGUGGGUUUCACAGCUCCUCCUCCAGGCUUGGGCCCAGUCGCUUCUUCUCCUUCCCCUCAGCUAAUGCUGAUUUCACCUCCUUCUCUUCUUCAAUGGGUGGUAUGGGCAGCAUGGGAGGAGCAAACUUCAAGUCUGUUUCUACUUCCACCCGCAUUGUCAAUGGAAAACGUAUUACCACAAAAAAGGUCAGAGAAAAUGGCCAGGAGAGAACAGAGGUUGAGGAGGAUGGGGUUUUGAAAACUGUCCUCAUCAAUGGUGUGGAGGAUGAGAUGGCCUUAGCUCUGGAACUGAGUCGUAGAGAGCAGUCCAGUCAGCCUCCCAGACAAUCCCAACAUCCACUGCUCCACCCCUCCAACAACAGCUCUCCAAACCCCGCUUUACGCUCCUACAGCGCCGCCCCGUUCUGCCACUGCCCCGAUGCCAAGGAAGAUGAGGAGGAUGAAGACCUGCAGAUGGCGCUGGCCUACAGCUUGUCGGAGAUGGAGGCCCAGCAGCGGGCAGAGGACGUGAUCUCAGAGUCCGACUUCCAGGCCUUCACAGGCUGACCUGUGGCUGUGACCCCCUCUUACCCCCCCCGAGGUGAAGCGUUCCCCGGUGCUCUGCUCUCUCUUUCUGCUUCUUUGUCUCUCUCUGCCUGGCACACCUGCUGCUCAGAGCCUUUUCAAAGUUUUAUUUGAAGAAAAAAAAUAAAAAAUCCUGGGCAACACUACACAAAGGUCAAAAAUGUAUGUGCUAAGUGUGUUCGUGUAUGAAUGUGUUCUGAGUCUUGGAAAGGCAAUACUGGAUUACUUUUUAUAUAUUAAUUAAAUGUAUGG